CUCUCACCGGCACAUUUCCAGAGUUAGAGUGCGGUGUGGAGUGAGCAAGACAUCACAUGGAUAUCAACUGAUUCACUUUACAGGAUACUGGUGUUUUUAAGACAACCAUUGGAUUUCAAUAUGAAAUCGUGAACUCCGAGAAAAUCAAGGCUUUCGCUUCGAAGACCACAUGACUGGCUGACAUGGAAGGGAAAGAGGAAAUUAGUGAUACAGACAGUGGGGUUAUUCUACAUUCUGGGCCUGACAGUCCAAACACAGUGAUGAAGGACGUGAAUACUCACACUCGGGCCAUGAAACUAAAGCAGCAGGCUCUGGAGGACAGGCUGAAGCUGUGCUUACUGGAGCUCAAGAAACUCUGUAUCAGAGAGGCUGAGCUCAUAGGAUGUUUGUCCUCAGACUAUCCCCUGUUACCUGGUGAGAAGACCCCUCAAAUUCGCAGGCGCAUUGGAACUUCUUUUAAACUUGAUGAACCGAGUAUCCUACAUAGAGCUGAGGACUCUGAGCUGAGCUCUGUGGAGGCUAAUCUGGCUCUGCAGCAUCAGAUAAAAGUGGCGGCCCAGAGGCUGUGCCAGGAGGAACAUCUCAGCAAGGCGGUGAAGAGAAGUCGUCUACAACAGUACCAGCUUGAGGAGAGGAAACUCAAAGAUCUGCAGGAAGCUGCAUUCAGGUUGAGGCUGGAACAUGGCCGAUCCUCACCACGCCCUGGCAUGAUUGCACAGAGAGGUACUUCAGACGAUAGUUCAUUGUGUGACUCGGCGGUGUUAGAUGAGGAGGAGCUAACAAGUCAGUCUUCCCAGCUUUCUACAGAGCCUCCUGCUCAUGCUGUAGACCCUCACCCUUCACCCCCAGGCAUCUCUCAUCCCCCUCCUCAUACACCCACAGGCCCCUCUUACAGGCGCCCUGAGUCCAUUCCCCGCCAAACCCCCACACAAUCACUAGAGGACUUACACCCCUUCCAGAGCCCAAUCCUAGAGCAUGACCCUGCCCCCAUUCAAAACUCUCCAUGGAAGGAGUCGAGUCUGGACCAGCCUUAUCAGAAACAGAAAAGAUCUCAUUCUAGUAGUACCAAAUCCAGUAGUCCUGCUGUUACCCUCACCUUGCCUCCUCUGGAAGUUUGUCUUGCGGAGGCUGGACUACCACUGCAGAUACCCACCCACACAGCCCUGAGACACACGCAAUCUUGCAGUGCACCCUCCACUCCAGAGAUGCACCUGCGCAGACGACAAUCCCUCAGAGUUCCCAACACUGAGCUGACUUAUGAUCCAGAUCGGGAGCAUGGGCGCUCUAGGGGUCCCAGGAGACUGUUAACAGACUUUGCGUUGUCAUCACCAGACUACUCUCCUUUGAGAUUAACUGGAGGAAACCUGAUAUACUACUCCAGCUCUGAGGACAGCAACUCUGAGCACUCUGUCCAUUCGUACACCAGCUCACCCUGCCAGGAGCACCCUGGGGAACUGCCGUGGCACAACCAACCACAGUAUGGAUACCAAUACGGCAGCUUCGCCGAUAACAACGUACCACAGCGAUAUUCCCCUACCAACUUCUACAAAAACACCCAGAACCAGUCCUCACCUAGUUUUUCCAGGGGGUAUGUAGAGGAUGGAUGGGGCCAUCAUUUAGAUAUGGAUACCGGAAGGUUAUAUAUAAGCCACCAUGCCCCUUCCCCUGCUUACUCCAAUGGCCACUAUGAGUACUGCUAUAAUGAGGCUUUGCCUCACCAGCAGCAAACUUGCAGGAUUUUACCUGCCCAUAUGAGACUGUCGCGGGCCCCUUCACUAAGAGAGUAUCCUCCUAACCAUCCGAGCAGAGGCCUACCUCGCCAGGUGGUGUCAGAGGAGCUCAAAUCUUGGCGUCAUCGCAGCCAACUCCGACCGCCUCGACAACAAUCGCUGGACCGAAACAGGCAGGACACGCUCCACAUCCGGAAUCCGUCAGGACGAGAGUCACCACUUACCCUUUCCCACCACCACCACAAGUUCCAGGAACAGCAGGUAUCUCAGAAACAGGCCAUUCUGAGGACUCCAGAAAGGAUGUACGAGGAUGACUCUGAGGUUGCCAGCCAGGUGUAAACACCUUUCCUGAAACCUUGGACACACUUCUGACAAGAGUCCUAUUUAUUCAAUAAUUUAUUGAGCUGAUGGACUGAAGUAAAGACUUGAGAUUUUUAACAUUGAACAACAUUUAGAGAUAUUUCAAGCUUUUUUGCAAUCAUUUAAAAUGGCUUGUCCUAAAAUAUGAUAUGACAAAGUUUUACUGUGAAAGAUCAAGUUUUUUAUGUCUUAUAGUUUUUUUAUUGAUAAACUUAAGGAAAGUUUUUUUGUAUGAUGAAAUAAAUCUAGUUUGUUACUAAUUUUGGUAACACUUUACAAUAAGGUUCCAUUUGUCAACAUUAGUUAACAUUAACUAUUAAUAAACAAUACUUUUACCACAUUAAUUAAUCUUGAUAAUGUA